GAGAGAGAGUUACAGUUGUGUUUUAUAUGAGUUCUGUUCAGAGCUUUUACUGAUUAAACUCUGUGUAAUUGUAUAUAAAUUUAUAUCAAUUGCAUUUAAAAAAGAGAACAUCAUGGAUAAAAAGACCAUCUACGCUGCAGAGAAGUACAUCUCUGCAGUGUUCCUCUCUAUUGUGGAGCACCCAAUCAUCCGCUUCCUCAUCUUCAUCACUGUUCUGCUGAACUGCGUCAUCAUCGGAGUCCAGACUGAUCCGAUGAUUGCCAAGGACAAUGCCACUGUUUUCCUGGUGUUGGAGCGGAUCAUAUUUGUUAUUCUUAUUUCGGAGGUUUCAUCCAAACUGAUCUUUAGCUUCAGGACUUUCUGGAUGGACCGAUGGAACAUUAUGGAUUUGUUGAUUAACUUGGUGGUGAUGGUCGCGUAUACAUUCGUGCCUCCGAGCCAGAAGUCGGCCAUCAAACUGCUGCGACUCCUUCGUUCCGUCAGGCUGUUUUCUUUCUCGGAAGGAUUUUCUAAAGUGCUGAGGAACAUCACCCGGUCCUUCUCUGCACUGGUCAACAUCUUCCUCCUGAUCACGUGCUUCAUGGUGAUGUUCGGCCUGUUUGGAGUCAUGCUGUUUGGAGAAGAUGUCCCGUCUGCUUUUGGAACUUUUCCAACGGCACUGUACACCCUAUUUAAAUGCCUCACCCUGAACGGCUGGGUUAAGCAUUACUAUGCAUUUAAGGGUGAGGAUUCGGCCAUUAUCUACAUUGCCUUGACGUAUUUCGUCAGCUUCAUCUUCCUCUGCGGGUUCCUCUUUCUGAGCCUUUUCAGUUCCAUCAUCAUCAUAAAUCAGUCUGCUGUGGUGACCGAAUCCACUAAAGCAGAAAAAGAGGAUACCCCCAAAAAAUUAAUUCAUGUGGAGGAACUGAUGACGGAAACCUCCACGAGUCAGCAGCACCAGACACCGUGCCAUGACAGCUGCAUGACCAACCUGACUCUGGAGAGUUUUGAAAAUCUGGUGAUGCUCAGAAGAGCCAUAGACCAGAAUGAAAAAGAGCAGGAGGAACUUCUGCAGGAGCUGGAGAGGAUUGUGGAGGAGGUCCGUGACCUUCCAAUCAACAAAGAAAAGGAAGUCCAGGCCCAGAAAGAAAGACAGUUAGCCAACACCAUCAUAGACAACUUGUUGACUGAUAUCAUCGCUUCUGGCCAGGCUGGAGACAUUGUCACCACCUACAUCGCUCUGGAAGAGGCCAACAUCCUGGACUCGAGGUCAACUGCAUCGGUGUUUGGUGAAGGUGCGGUGCAGAGAGGAAUCAGGAGACUCUCCAGAAGCCUUUUAACAGAGUCCGAGACAGGCAGCCAGUCAUCGCUUCAAUCAGUGAUCUCUAUUCAUUAGGUCAUGAUGAAGCAUAGACUUGGUUGAGGGGAGGGAGGGGCAUGGGGUGGGGUUUUUAUUAGACAUUUUUUAAAAGAGAAACAGCAGGUUCUAACCCCAGAUCAUUCCUAAAUGCACUUAGUACUGGAGCAGCUUGAGCCAAAGAUCACACUAAUAAUUUUAUCAUGAUUAGGCUCACAUAUUUUAGAUGCUUAGGUAAAGAGAGGUCAUGAGCUGUAAUCUGAUCCCCAUCUGAUCUGAGCUCUCACCUCUCAGAGAGAGCGAGAUGAUAGGUUCUGGAUGAGAUUGAGGUUAUAGAACAGGUUCAGUACAGACCUAUUACAUAAUUACAAAAAUAUGUCGAUUUUUUAUAGCAUCCUUUGAUGCGCUGGAAGCAACUGCAUCCAUUAAUGUAGCUGCUGAUUAGUGUAGAAGUCCAGCUGACCAAUAGGAUUUGACUAGAGGAGGAUGGGUCCCCCUUGUGAGUCUGGUUCCUCCCAAGGUUUCUUCCUCCAGCGUUGAGCGAGUUUUUCCUUGCCACUGUUGCCUUUGGCUUACUCACAGAGGGAUUAAUCUUUAAUUGAUCUUUAAUCUGAUUAUUAGAUUAUAUAGAUCUGUAACGCUGCUCUUUGACAUUCAUUAUAAAAAGUGCUGCACUAAUAAAUGUGAUCCUAAACAUGAGAACUGCUGAAAAUGAGAAAUUAUUUCAAAUAAACAACGAUCAGCAAGCAU